AUGGCUCCCUCCUUCGUGACCAUUGAUACCAGCGACGACAUCGACAUGGCUCCUGCCCCCAAGCCCGUCGAUGCGCCGCGUACUCUCCUCCUCGCACCCCCCUCCAUCGCCACUCACGAAGAGAAAUUACGAGCCGUCUUUACCACCUUCGACCGCCAAUCCACCGACCUCCAAAUGCUCGACCGGCUCUCUGCCGGCUUCGUCUCCCUCCCUACAAACACAUACGAUAUUGUCCUCGUCCUCACCGACACCGACGGCUCACGGCGCACCGAGGCCCUGGCACUCCUCACUCGAGAUGUAUACACCGCCCUCGUGCCGGCCAUGAAGCCAGGCGCGAAGCUACAAACACAAGAUAAAGCACUAGAUAUCUCCGAGGCAAUGGAGGCCGUUCUGGCCGGCCUGGUACAGACAGCCUUCGGCUUCGAGAAACCCAAUUACGAACAAUCCUCCGCCGUGCCUCUCAAGUUCGGCAGCAAGAAGAAGACCGCCCCACCCGCGAUACCCGCCAUGGGAUUUACGGACGACUUUAACGGGAACAACCAUAACCGGGAUGAUAACGACGAGCUGAUUAAUGAGGAUUCGCUUCUGGAUGAGGAGGAUUUAACCAGACCCAUCAUGCCGCCCCCCGAGUGUCAACCCAAGACCGGUCGGCGGCGGCGAGCCUGCAAGGACUGUACAUGCGGUCUCGCAGACCGUCUGGAGGCGGAGGAUAAGGAGCGCCGCGCGAACGCAGAUAAGAGUCUGAACGUGAUGAAGCUAGGCACGGACGACUUGAACGAACUGGACUUUACCGUCGAGGGCAAGACUGGUUCCUGUGGAAGCUGUGCACUUGGAGACGCCUUCCGAUGUGACGGCUGCCCUUACAUGGGUCUCCCUGCAUUUAAGCCCGGCCAGGAGGUGCAGAUCCUGAACGAUGUCGCUCAGUUGUAA